AUGCAGUGUGUGUGUCUGAGAAGAUGGGCGUCAGGCUCUGCUGUGGUAUUCCUCCACACUCUGGCCUUGUCCUGGACAGGUGCAAUUGAGUCCGCCCCCAAAAUUGACGGACGGCACCAGGCAGCUGUGACACUGCAGGAGAACAUGACACACAGGUUCAACUGCCAUUCAGAUGGCUGGGAUCCUCACGCCCCGCCUUUGCUGACCUGGUACCUGAACGGGGAGCAGCAGAACGAACCAUCACCGAACCGUGGCCGCCUGGUGAUGACCUCGCAAGAAGACUCUGAGAUGAUGAGACAUAGGGACAAUCACAACAGUACCUUCUCCCUGAGGGCCAAAAAGUGGGACAGGGAGCUGGUGUGUGUCGCGUCAAACCCCAGGUCAGGAGAGAGCUACAAUGCCACGGUCACACUCAACGUCCAGUUCCUGCCAGAGAUCCUCAGGGUCAAAGCCCACUACAGUGAAACCUCAGACCCUGGCCUCUCCCUGGUCCUCUUCGCCUUGGUCCGGUCCAACCCCCCUGCAACCAUCACCUUCGUGGACCAGUCCGGCCAGCUGGUGGCCAACACCUCUGACUUUUUCAUCCUGGACUCCCGCAGCUACCCCUGGCUGACCAAUCACACACUGAGGGUCGCACUCAGCAGCCUAUCAGGGAAUAUCUCAAUGAACGCCAGCAACAGUGUAGGGGCGGUGCAGAGCAACCUCACACUGACAGAGUUCCUGCAGUCUCGUGUGGAGGUGCCGAUGCUGGGAAUAGUGACUGGAGGAGCUAUGGCCUUCAUGGCCCUCCUCAUCCUCAGUCUGAUAGUUCUCUGUCUCAUGCAAAAAAACAAGAGCAAGAUCUUUGAUGAGCCAGUGGAGAUUCUGAUGACCAAGAAAAGUGACUCUGCCAAUCUGAAGACAGAGAAAGCUGAUAAGGCCUACAUCCCCAGAGAGAACAUGUCUCUGCCUUCUAACAUGCAGCUCCACGACCUCAGCACUCUGAGAAAAGCGCGAGAGGCCGCCCAACAGAACAGUGUGGGAGAGAAGAAAGAGGAGGAAGAAGAUCUGUCUUUAGCCUACGCCGCCAGAGGUUUUGCCAGAUAUCCAAUGGUGGGCUACAUCUAUAAGGUGAACAGCACAAGCAGUGAGGAGAUCUGGCUCUGA